UCACCACUGGCUGGCGCUAGAGACUAGUCAGCUAUUGUUAGUGAUCGUUGAUAAGUACGUUUUGAUGUAAACGAAACGCACAUAACAAAGAAGAGCUGCGUUUUGUUGUUUGGGUCUAAUCGCGAACGUAUUUUGUACAGAAAGUCAUAGCACGGCUGUAUCGUCCAUGGAUCCUACUAGAACCCCAUGAUUGUACUCGUAACUCGAUGGAAAAAAACAUCAAAGUUGCGACCCUGUCCUACCACGUUUAUAGCCCAGUUUGGGCAUGUUGGGUUAGAUAUAUGUGAUUAUGGCAGAAGACACCCGGGAUAGUGUAACCGCGAGGGAGGAAGAUAUGAAUGAAAAUUCGUCCGAUAUUAUAAGAGCAGAUGAAGCCAGCAGUGUGGUUGAAUUGGACGAUAUGGAGUUAACAGAAAUCAGAGAAAUAUUUGUCCCAGACGCACUUUCUAAGCUGUUCAGCACAGAUGGCUCUGCAGCUGCGAUUUACGAGACCAGAGAAGCAGACCACGGGGUUGUUACAAGGGACAAUCACGGAUUACAUGAUUUGGCAAGAAUCCUGUACGAGACUCUGGCUGACUUUGAAAACUGGUUGUUCGGGACACCAGCUGGUAAAGAGUUCAUGAUAACAAUUCUUCGGGAAUUGCCCGAGCUCAAGGAUCCACUUGAAGUGGGACUGCGCGGACUUUUUCAUUUCCUGUAUCCAGUUCUAAGCCAACUGAAGGACAGGUCUCAUCCACAUUUCCAGGACAUAGAACAAUGGUACUCGAAUUACCACUUACUUUUGAAGGCUGCUGUCAACUUUCUUCAUGGAGGAAUUGCAAGGCUGAUGGAAAUGAAUUCUGGGAAAGGAAGGGGUUCUUUUGAUGUGUCAAGAAUUAUCAGACAGAUACUGAAUAUUCGCCAGGUGAAUGAACUUUUCACACGCCUUCCCAGCAUAUGCCGGACGCAAACAGGAAUGACUUUCCUCAGAUCGGCAUAUCUGCAGAUUCCUCAGCAGGUGAGACCGAACGAGACGGCAUUCCGCAAUCUGCCCAACACGAUUCUGACGACCUACCAGCAGCUGAAGGAUCCUUCAAACCCUAUCAUCAGGCAAAUAGAAAGUUGGUUUGCGGACGCUGACGAGCUUUUGAAAAUGGCUAUAGAUCUGCUACAUGGAGCUUUAUUGGGUCUGAUAAAUAAUGGAGCCUGCAAUGAAUUUGGUCCACUCGACCUGACUGAGAUGUUCAAAGAGAUUUUAAAAGCACUCCAGGUCUUUGAAGCCUCCUGUCACCAAUGGCUAUUUGAGACUGCUACUGGCAGGGACAUCUAUAAGACCAUGGCUAUGGAAUUCCUUUCCCCUAUACGUCCAAAUGAUGGUCAAUAUCAGAAUAUCCUUACCAUGGUCGGUGUUAAUUUGAUCCAGGCGAAAGGAAGGUCGCAUCCGCCGUUCGAACCAAUGGAACGGAUGUUUGCAGAAGACAAGGAGCUUCUAACUCUUUUCGUGAACGCUUUCAGGUCAUGGCUUGUGUGGUCCAUAAACACUGGAAACAAUAUCAAUCUGAGCCUGGGUGUACUGCGGAUACUGAAUGAGAUCAAUGAAAAAUAUGGGUACCCAGUAUCUCGCCGGUUGUUCUGGCUACAAGGUCUGGAAUCUAGUCCACACUUACGCCAUGAUUUGAUUCAGUACGUCAACAAUAAAAAUUCCCAGUCAAACAUCUCCCAGGCAUUCACGUGGCUUGAUGCACCCUUCCUCCUCAAUGUCAGAACGAAAUGGAAAUACGUGUCGCUUGAAGCUGUUCUUACCAUGGAACGCGACAUGUUGAAUGCAGACAAAGAGAACAGCAUCAGAAGGCAGAUUAACAAGACAAUCUAUGCCAAAUGGUUUCCACAGGCCCGGGUCCCAAUCAUACCAACCAGUCUUCAGUUCCACGUUGAUCGCGACAAUAUCGUCCAGACUGCGAUCGAUAACGUGGACAAGUACUGGAACGAAGAUGAGGACUCGGUAUGCGAGUCCAUCUGGCUGAAGCCCUUAGGUGUAAACUUCGAAAGAGAGUCUGCCAUAGAUUUGGGAGGUCCCAGUAAGGAUUUCUUUCAUCACCUAUUCUCCGCUUUGUUGGACCCACAUAUGCCCAUGUUCAGGAAGAUUGAUGACCAAGCUACGUCAUCACAUGUGUGGUUCAACGAGCAUUAUGUUGAUUACAAAACAUUAGAGAAGAUUGGACUCCUUUUUGCUCUAGCAAUAUACAAUGGAGCUGUGACGACAGUGCCUUUCCCAGAACAACUCUAUGAAAAACUCCUUUCAAACAGAGAUCCAGAUGUUUCUGAUCUAAAGAAAAUGGACCAAGACUUUGCCAAACAGCUCUAUAUGCUUCGUGAACUGAAGGAAGAAGACGUUAAUGCGCUGGAACUUGACUUCACUGGUCUGCGACCAGAGGGUGAUACAAUAAAUGUCUCGAAGGACAAUUUGGAAGAGUACAUCAGUGAUAUGGUAAAUAAGAAAUUGGCCAUUCCACAGCUUACAGCCUUCGCCAAGGGAUUCAACAGGAUAGCUUCAAAGACACCUCUAAUGAAAAAUAUCUUCAAAGCAGAAGAUCUGAGAGAUGUUGUCCUGGGAGAAGAACUGGACUGGAACGCUUUCAAAUUUAGUGCUAUGUACCAAUUCCCCUACGAACCAGACCAUCCGGUCAUCAAGAUGUUCUGGAAGGUGUUUGGUGAACUGGAGGAACGGGAGAAGAGACAGUUUCUCAAAUUCCUUACCGGCGCUGACCAUGUUCCAGUCGGUGGCUUCGUCCGCUUUCCAAUCCGACGCUUGAACAACAUGGCUAACAAAUACCGGGAUCCUGUUCAUCCUGACAAGUACCCGGAACCUGGCCAGCUGAUGCCCGAGGUCAUGACGUGCAGGGGAUACCUAUCCAUGGAUCUACCCGAGUACGAGUCCGAAGAGGACUUGCGUUUCCGACUCAAGUUAGCUAUCCAGACAUCCGGGUUCCACCGGGAGGGUCAGCACGCAUCCUCUGCCACCGCCCCCUGUUCGCAAUCCCCAAUGCUUCGGCAGGUCGUGCACGUCGGCGUACAGCUUUUGAUGGGCGGAAGCCGCGGAUAGUCCAGGAUUUCGGUAGCUCUUUGGUGCCAGUAUGGCCAUGGAAUUGUGGAAUCGAACAUGUCGAAAGCGUUCACUAGUUUGUCCCGAAAGUCUAAUAGGAUACAUAAUGUUGAUAGGCAGGCCAGGCAAGCCUGAAUUCAUUGAGCAUGGAGAGAUACGACGUUGUAAAGCGCUUGAAGCUUGAAGACAUCGUUCUGAGGCACUUUGCUGAGAGAAUUUCGAACAACCAAAAAUACAUGUAAAAGAAAAAGCAAAUAAAACGUUAUAGCACAAACCAAUGAAUUAUCAUUAUUAUCAUUACUAUUUCAUCGAUAACAUCAGCUUCACCAUGUUCACUGUCGUUAUUGUUAUUAGAUAGGCAAUAUGACGUGACAUGUAUAUGUUCGUACUGUUACGACCCUGCGGGCAGGAGUUUCGUGCACGGUCAUUUAUAAAAUAUUCUUCAGUGCAAGUAAUAAUCUUUCAAGUAGAACAUAUUUUCGUCAGUACUGUGUGGAAAGAAAUACAUGUAGGUUUGGGGAACUUGUCCCAUUGGCACCACCGAUUGCGCCCUAGGUGAAGGAAUGUUUUAAAUAGCGCCCUUAACCCUAAAAGGACUGGGCUAUUUGAGAUUUAUUGAGGACGGGGGGGGUCAUCAUGCCCCCCCCCCCCUUCUGAUCUGAGUCGGAUAGUCUUCAGUCACAGACCCUGAUUGAAUCUUUUAUCAACAAGUGUGUCUCCACGCAGACCUUCAGCACACAAGGCAUGAGUAGGCUGCAAUUCAGACCCUUUACUCGAGUGAAGGGUUUGCACAGCAGACUAUGUGGCGGACGCUCUAGCAACUGAGCCAGCAUACUGGAUAUUAUGUCGAAAUCUAUAACAAAAUUUAUUUUUUUAAUGAAAAAUAUCAUUUUUGUUUAACUCGUUUCGCUUUUCUA